GUCUCGACUUGGUCGACUUGGACAAUGAUGGCAGACGGUCCACUCAUCACCACUCAUUGCGGUCCACGCCGCCAGAUACGAGAUCACUCGGCGCCGGGAGAUCAACAAAUGCCCUGUUUUCGAUCACCAAACGGAAAGACCUUUAAACAUGGCCGAUCCAGCCUUCUUCUCCUGGGCUGGGGAAACGGCCACUCCUUCCUCACCCAUCUCUGGAUCAUCGCUCUUUCAAGAUUCGCGGGUGUCACUCUUUUAACAACUCCCCAGCCAAAGGCUUCAGUAUUAUUUAAUAAUUCCCUGUUACUGUUCUCCCUGUCCUCAACUUGAAGCUCUCGCCACUUCCGCCGCCCUGUACAAGACACCCUAUAACCAGCCCACCCGGACAACAACGUAUCAAGUCGACAAUAUGGUCUGCACCAGGAAAUCCAAGGCUAUCGCCGCAGCGGCCACCGCCGCCAGCUCGUACUACGGCGGUUUCAAUGCCACAGCCCCGUCUGCCACCCCAGUCCCAUCGUCUGCCUCGGGCUCCUUUGCCGGGGGUGCCCCUCCUAUGGCUGCCGCCGUCGACACAAACAACAAGGCCGCCGCCGUCACCGCCGCCAACUCGGGCAUUAAGGGCUUCAACUACGGCGCCUUCUUCCUGAACCAGCAGGCCAAGGUCCAGAACGACUUCGAGUACGAGUUCACAAAAGCCCAGAACCUCAUCAACACAUCCGGGUGGAACAGCGCCCGUCUGUACACGACUGUCCAACAUGGAACUGCCACCGACCCCAUCUCGGCAAUUCCCGCCGCCAUCGCAACCAAGACCACCCUCCUGCUUGGCAUGUGGGUGUCCGGCAGCACGACGGCCAUCGACAACGAGAUCACUGCUCUGAAGUCCGCCAUCUCCACCUACGGCUCCGCCUUCACCGACCUCGUGGUGGGCAUCUCAGUUGGAUCCGAGGACCUGUACCGUGCUGCCCAGGGCGACGCACUCAGCCCGGGUGUCGAUGCCGAGGAGCUCAUCGGCUACAUCGGCAAGGUCCGCGAGGCCAUCGUCGGCACGCCGCUGGCCAACAUCCCCGUGGGCCACGUAGACACGUACGACAGCUUCGAGAACGGCACCAACACCGCGGUCAUCGACGCAAUUGACUGGAUUGGCUUCGAUGGAUACCCCUACUGGGAGAAGGCCAACGCCAACUCGAUCGAGGCCGCCCACGACCUCUUCUACACGGGCCUGAACAAGACUAAGGCCAUCUCCAAGGGCAAGCCCGUCUACGUGACCGAGACCGGCUGGCCCAUCGAGGGCGACGACCAGGGCCAGGCCGUCGCCGGCGCCGAGAACGCCCGCACCUACUGGAAGGACAUCGCCUGCACGCUCGUCGACGCCAAGAUCAACCUCUGGUGGUACGACCUGCAGGAGUCGCAGAACGGCCAGGCCAACCCUGACUUUGGCAUCUUCCCCGCCGGUGACCUCAACCAGGUCCAGCAGAGCUACGACCUUUCUUGCCCAUAAGCUAGCAAGGCAGCAGGGGACUCGUAAUAGGAAAGAAAGCCUUUGUAAAUAAAACCAAAAGAAAGAAAAAAACGCUUGUGUGUGAGACGGUAUCUGAUGUUGAGGGGACCGAGUCUGGUACGCCUGUAACAACUAAUUCAAGAACCAUACACUUGAUUACUUCUAUCCCAAAACCUGAUUAUAACUUCA